ACUUCAUAUCACGGAUUCGGACUAGGAUGAUAAGCGGGCCACAGUCCUGAAAAUUUUCUUGAAUUUUCUGAAUUUUCUUUGGUGGUGAAAUCGAUAACAGAUGCCGUUUACGUUUUUCCUCCAUGAUUGUGCCGUAUUUUUGCAUAAUCUGCCCACUAUGGCACUUCGUCCGUAUGUCGGGCGAUAUUCGACCCUUCCGUCUUUCUCUUUUUUUUCCCCGACAGGUACUCACGUUCUAUAGCUCAUUAUAGGGAGAAUACCUACGACGUACACGAUUUGUGCGCCGAAAAAAAUUAUUUUGGACUUCGAGUUUGACGGUGCGCGUCCGUCCGGUGUAUGGGUAUUUGUGGUCUGUCUUAACUCUUAGACCUUAGUGCCGUUUAGUUCGUUGUGUGGCUCUUGCUGACUGCUGACCGGUUGUCGAACAAGCUCGACUAUGAAAUAAUACUAAAAUACGUAUCGUAUUGCUGUCCAGAAGCAAGCGCACACACAUUGGUUGCAACAUAUCCUGUCCGUAUCACUGUACGAUCAUUACGUUCAAGGAUCAUUUACUCGAAUACUAUAAACACGUAUCAGUCGUGUAAGAUACAUACACUAUGGACAACGAAAAGGACAUUGAGAGCGGCCAAUCAAUAAAUGACAAUAAUAUGGAGGAUAUUUCUCAACCAGAUUUGCUGUGCCAUACCUAUGCAGUUGAUUCUCAAGUGGCAAGUAAAACACAUUUAGACAUAAACCAUUCAUUGUCAUUUAGUAAUGCUUCUUGUGAACAUUCUAAAAUUCAAGAAGAAGAAUGUGCUUUUUUAACAAAUAACCUACAAAGUGUUCAUCUGACACGUGACAAUCCAUUAUCCAUUAAUCUUCCAUCACGGAGACGUCGAUUGAUACCUAUCAACAAUAAACCUAAUGAUUAUGACUAUGAAUCAAGUUCCGGUAGUGAAUUCAGUGAUAAUACUGAUAGAUUCUUAAAUGUGGACCUCGGAAACAAAUCAAUACCUGAGUUAACAGCUGAAGAAGAACUCAAAGAUGAACGAAACUGGAGGUCUUGUACGGUAACUGGUGUUGUUAGUAAGAUUGAUAUGAAAGUAAUAGAGCCUUAUAAGUGUGUGCUAUCACAUGGUGGUUAUAUGACAACUGGUUCACACAAUGCUAUUAUUGUAUUUAGUGCAUGCUAUUUACCGCAUCGUGAUCGUGUAGACUACAAUUAUGUUAUGAAUAAUCUAUUUGCAUAUGUAGUUUCAACUUUGGACCAACUAGUUACAGAAGAUUAUGUUCUAGUCUAUCUUCAAGGGGGUACUUCUAAGGAUUGUGUUCCUGGUUUCUCUUGGCUGAAACGUUGUUACAAGAUGAUUGAUAGAAAACUAAGGAAAAAUUUGAAGUUUUUGUAUUUGGUUCAUCCGACGUUUUGGUUAAAAACUCUUGUAUUAAUGAUCAAACCAUUUGUAAGCUCAAAAUUUGGCAACAAGAUACAUUUCAUCAACAGCUUAGAUGAACUCUAUGACUGUGUGCCAGUUGAAAGAGCUAGUAUACCAGAUAGGGUGAAACAAUUUGAUUGUACAAAAUCAAAUUCUAACAAGUAGUAUUUUUUUUUACCCAACAACUAUUUUUUAAUAUUAUUACUAUUGUUUAAAACUCUUCCUUAAACCUAUAUACUAGCCUAAUUUUAUCAGUUUGCAUUAGUUAUAUAGCCCAGGAAAAUAACUACUCAUUUUAUAACAAACUGUUAUAUUUAUUAUAUAUAUUUUUAUUUUUUAUUCUCUGUAGUUAUGUUAUUUAUUAAAAAAAUAAAUAUUUACCCUUAUAGCUAAAUCAACUUAUAAGAUAAUUUUUAAAUCUAAUAUUGACUAAUUAUUCACCAUUUUAUAUUCUUAUCUAUGCACAAUUGUAUAAUAAAACGCUCUAAUACAUCUUUGUUUAACAUACACAUUGAAAUAUUUUUCUCAUUAAUCUAAACACCUAAUAACAUACUAAAUAAUAAAAAUAGGAAAAAAAAUAAUAUCAAAACAAUUACGACUACUGUUAUGUAGUAUAAUACCUAAUAAAUAAUUAAUAAUACAAUUUACAAAGAAGAAAAUUCGGUAAAUUACAUUUAGUGUUGUUAGUUUUAAUAUUAUGCUGCGUUUCACAUAAAACUUAAAUGUAACAUCAUGGUCUGUGUUUUCUUAAUAUCAAUUAAAAGUUUUAAAUUAAAGCAGUAGCGUAUUUAAGGGGGAAGGCUAUAUGGGGCCUACCCCUCCCCUAAAUUCACAUUAUUUUAUACUUUUUUUCAUAACACAGAGUAUUAACCUCUCUUACUAAUUAAGUGUUAUGUUGCUAUCAAACAUGUAUUUUGGUUAUUUGAUUAAUAAUUAUGUUAUUAUUUUGAGAUGGAAAGUAUGAGUUAUAACUUAUAACAAUGUAAAAUUUUAAUUUUUUCACGGUAUAAGACAUUUUUAAAUAUGCCCAUAAAUUAAAGUAUUAUGAAUACACCACCUAACAAUUUUGUGACCUUAAGGUUUGAUAAUAGGUAAGUUUACAAUAAUAUUAAAACUAACAAAACUAUACGUGAACUUAAAUUUUCAAUAUAAGAUGAAGACAACAAAUGCAAGUAUGGCGUUUAUUCAAGAACUCAAAUGUUAAAAUUGCUUUCACUAUUAAAAAAAUAUUACUUUUGAUUUAAAAUAUUCAUGAACAUCAAAUUAUUAUAUAAACAAAUGUUCUUAAUUUCAAUACUUAAUUUUUAAUUAGUAAAAAUCUUUAUUCACUCUUGAUUAAUAUUAUCUUUGAUAUAAUAUUGUAAUAUAGCCAUAAGUAAGAAAUAUUAUUACCAGUAAUAUAUUACAUUAGUUGUACACAUUUUAAAAAUUAAAAUCAAAUUUUUUCUAUUUUAGUCCAGUGACAUAUUAAAGACAGUCAUAUUUAAGUAACACACGAUAGCAUCUAUGUAAGCUAAUUAAUAUAUAUUUUUGUUAAUGUUAGUAAAAAUGUUGUAAAAAUUCAGGAAGCAAUGUGUUUUGUCAAAAUGUAUUUUUAAACAAAUGAUAAUAAAAUUUCAAUUUUACAUAAAAAAAAAAAUGUUCUAACAUGUUGAAUUCCUGGGCUUAAUAUACAAACUGCAAAAUGUAUUAGUGUAAUACAGUAUUAUUUAAAUACCUAUCUAGUCUAAUUUAUUAUCAUCAUGCCAUGGUUUUACUAGUGUAUAUUUACUUUUGUGAUAAUUUUAAUCCUAGUUAAUAUAUUAUAUUUUUUCUAUAUUGCAAUCCUAUGUAGCCAUGUUAUAUUUUUACGUUAAUAUGCACUUCAAUUUUAUUAUUUGUUUGUAUUGCAUAUUGAUAAUCAUAAUGACACAGUCAAACGUAGUCAACUCAAAGUUGAAGGGACCGGCCAGAAAGUUUGAGUUAUUCAAGAAUUCAAGUUAUCCAAAGAUAAUACAAUAGGAAAUUCUAGGGACUGGGGAAAAUGUUUGAGGUAUUGUCAAUUUUGACUUAAGACGAUGGCACACCCGUGCGUCUUGUCUCCGUUUUACAAAUGUACAACAUACCAAAAACUGUUUUGCGCAGGGCAACUUUUCUCCCACCAUAUUUGUUGUAGAACUACCAAAUUUUCACAACACGUAAAGAAGAACUUUAUUUGUGCAACAAAGUGCUUUUUUUUAAUAGCACUAUCCAAUCAUUUUUUAUAAGCAAUUGAAAAAAACAAAAAAAUCAAAUGCUUAGAAGCAAAUAACUUUUAUUGUAUUUAUGUUAUCUAAAAUAUGGGCACGCCGUAGUAUAGAUAAUUUUCCACCCUAUAUGUUUAGAAAUUUAUGAUCCACUACUACAAACUCAAAAGAUAAAAAUUGUCCCACGCAAAACAGUUAUUGCUAUGUUGUACAUAUGUAAGACGGAGAAAACACAUACAGGUGUAACAUCUUCUUAAAGAAGUUUGAGUUAAUGUUCAAUUGUAUUAUAAUUGAUUUUUACAAAAAAAAUUCAAAUAUAUUAAUUUUGCAAAUUUUUCCAGAAUAAUUUUUUUGUGGAUAACAUUAAAAUUGAAUUUGAAGCAAGACUUUCAUAGCCUCGUAGGUGCCUUUUGCCUAUAAUUAUAAAAAUCAGAAGGAGAGAUAUAAGACAUUACAAUAAUUAAUAGUAAAACAUUUUUUAUUGUUUACUUUAUAUUGAGACAUCGCUUCCUAUGCAUAAAAUUUUAAUUGCAAUAUAUGAGUUUUACAUCGUUUUUCAAACAAUGUCCAUACAUAUAUUUAUCAUAUAUUCAUAUUGCAACCAUAAAAUUUAUUAACUAGGAUUAUUAUUCCAAAAACUAUUUAAUAUUUUUAAACACACUUUUAUAGUAGAAAUUAAUAUUAAUUUGUCUCGUGUUGUAUUGUAAUUUUUUUUUAUAUUAUAUUGUAACUAGAAAAAGCACAAAAAGACUGUUAUUGUUGCUGAUUUAACAGCAUUUAUUUUAUGAAACUAUAACUACUACUAUAAUAUUAUGUAAAUCAAAACAAAAAAUAAUACAAUUUUGUAUAAAAUUCUUUUACUGAAUAUGGAUUAAAAUCAACAUAUUUUUUCUUAGAUAAAAUUGUAUUUUCAAUUUAAAAUUGAACAUGUUUGCUGUUAAGUAUAAUAUUAUAUUGUAUAAUAUAACUAAUAUGAGUUCAAAAUUAAAUAAAUUUAAAAAAAAAUCUUAUUCAAGCUUAAAUGCAGUUCAAGAUUUUUGGUUUUUAUUGUCAUAGUAAGUACAGUGUUCAUUAUUAUUUUGUUGUAUAAUAAACCACUGUCAAAAAAAUUCUAGACAAAUUGAAUACCUAAUGUUCAAUUUUUAUGUGUUUAUCAUUAACCAUAAAAAGUAUUGUUCAGAUUAAACAUUGCCACAUUGGACAAUGCAAUUUAUUGCCGCACAAUAUUUUAUGAUAAUGUUUGUUCGUUUGAUAACCUUUUAGAAACAAAACUACUGUCCAAUUUUAAUUUUAGCCACAUUGAUACUGUUACAUAAACAUUUAAAAGACAGGCCUUGAACAACGAAAUACUGCCAGUAAUUGCCAAAACUUUUCAUUAAAAUAUUAAAGCUAGGAACAAUGCAAUCAAGGUUAAUACAUCAACAGGUACAGGCUACCAAUCAUGCUCUCAACCUUUGGAUUAAUCUCAGUCCAUAAUGUACAAUGUGUCCCUGCCCAAACUGACAGGUUGGCAUGCGGCUCAUAAUUUCCUAAUUAAUUUCCCUCCUCUUCAUCAUUAGACUAAAUUUAAAUGACAUUUUUUCUUUUCGGCCUCAAUUUUUCAUAAUUUAUUAGUGCUUUCUUUUUCAAUAAUCUAAUCAUAAUAAAAGCUAUCCUCCUUUUUUCCUAUUCAAACUUUACUUUUCUUCUGUUUUUUUAUUUUGCUCUGUUUAAUAUUAAUCUUAUUAUAAUUUAUGAUAGUUGAGAAUUUGAGAUACAUUAACUCAUUUUAGUAUUUCAUUAAACAAACAGCAAUCGAGGUCACAUAACAAUAAUUGAACUGUUUAAAUCAAGAAUAAUCUACUACAUAGUUUAUAAAUACUAUUUCAUUUUAGUGAGAUUAUUAUGCAAUAUUAAUUUAUAUAAUUAUAAUUAUACAAUCAACACAGUCUCUCGACAGAUUAAAAGUAAUAUUUAUUAGAUUAGAAAUUUUAGUUACAAUAUAAAAUAAAACUUAAUGAUGUAGGUAUUAAAGUUAUGUUAAAUUAAUUGUAUUUAUAUUUUAUAAAAUAAUUAUAACUUGUAAAACUGUACAAUGUUUCUUAUUUCUAACCAA